CAGCAGGGGUUGAUGGUCACGAGUGGGAGGCAAUGGCUGAGAUGCUGGAACGAGUUAUCUAUGGAGAUUCUAGGGCUACGACUGAUGAAAAGGAGAUAAGGACUAUUGACAAAGGAGGCUAUUAUAGAAGUAAUCAUGCUGUAUUUAGUACUUACAGAAGAAACACAAAUGGGAAUAGGUUUAUCUCCCAGAAAACAGGGGCAAACAGAGGAGCUUCGUAUGUUGAGGUGCUUAAGUCAAAAUCAAGUAGUUUUGGAGGCAAUAACUUCAUUUUGGAGAUGCGCAAGGUGGUGGUAUGCACCAGAACUGAUUUCUUCGAUGGGUGGGCUCAGAUUGAGAAGGAAUUAAAUCGUUCAUUUAAAGCCUCAAUUGUUCUAAGGCCUUUUCAAUUAAACAAGGCUCUGUUUCUUGCAAACAGUUCGGAGGAGGCAGUCUAUUAUGGUGCUCAAGGAGUAUGUUUUUUUAACAAAAGCAUUGCUCUGCGAUUGGAAAGGUGGUCAGAGGAGAUGAUCAGUAAGGAUACUGUUAUAGCCUCAAAUGGUGGCUGGAUCUCUGUUUGUGAUUUGCCUUUUAAUUUCUGGAAUAACAGGGUUUUCGAAUGGAUCAGGUCAAAGUGCGGUGGGUUGUUAGAAGUGGAUAGUAGAACCAGAAAUUUCGAAAAUCUUUUUGAGGCCAGAUUGAAGGUUAGAGGCUAUGGCAAUGGAUUCUUACCUGCGAAUGUUCAUGUUAAACUUGAGGAGAUCUCUGUGAUUGUUCGAUUGAAGGCUCUAUCAAAGGCUGCUGGAAGACGGGAGAUUCAUCGGCAAGGGAGGUUUUCAGGUGACUUCAGUGCCGGAGAAGAGGAAGGCGAGGAGUCUCAGGAGACAGGCUCGACACGUGGCGGGAGGGAGAUGAGAAAGCAGCUGGGUGAUAGGCGCGAGGGGGGCGUGCGUAAUGGAGGUAGUGCAAGGGUCGAAAGGGGCAGUCAGUCUGGAGAUCCUAAUGGGCUUAGUCUUAAGUCUAAUGGGCUUGGGCUUGAUGUGGGCUCAACCCAUGAUUUGUUAGUCUCAAGCAAAGCUAAUGCUUCUGGUGGACUGGACAUUUUAGACGCAUGUGAUAGCCAAAUUUUUAAAGAUUUGGACCCAGCUCUUAAUGGGUCCAAAUGCUGUUAUACAUGUCGAUAGGGGCCCAAAUAUUGUAGGCCCAAGGGAUUCUCUUUCCAACCCGACUGAGGUUUUGGGGCUGGGGUCCGAUUGGGUUAAUGGUUUUGAAGGAGAGGAGGGUCUUCGACGAGGCACAACGAUGAUGGAGAUAAGUCGAUUCCCAACAUGCGACGUCUCAGUACCAGACGUUCGUUAUGUACAAGUUUUGUCCCCCAUUCAUAGUGAGCUGAAUACAGAGGAAGCCCGAUUAGGGUUGGCAGAUGUGGUUGACAGAUCCAAUGGGGAUUUUCAGAAAUUAAAUGGGUUGACAAAGGAAGGGAUCGGGGAUUUAAUGGAGGUUAUAAAGGCUUCGGAAAUGUAGAUUCAUGAGGUGGAUGAGGGCCAUUUUGAGAUUCAUGAGGUUUUGUGAAAUCUGGAGGAGUAUGGAUCAUCUGCGAGUUCGGAAUCGAAGUCUGAUGUGGAUAUUAGUGAGGAUGAGCAAGAUGAGAAUGUCUGGGAUCUCAAUCGUUUUUUCAAUGAAGAUUGUACCACUGGGGGUGAGGGUAUCGGUAAGGUUUCUGAAGCUCUAUAUCAGGUCAGUCCUUCAUUUACCCAAGGUUUAUCAGUUUCAUCUUUGCAUGGGGGGAUACAAGCUAUUCCAAAUUCUUCCUUUGUAGGGGAUAAGGAUCGGGAUGGGUUAUCUGUGUUUCAUCGGUCCAAUUCCGUUUGUCCUAUUCACGAAGUUUCAUUAGCUGACAAUAUUGUACAAGGGGUUACUGCUGAAAUCCCGACGGCCAUUGUGAAUGAGUCUAUCUUAGUGUCUGAGUCCUUACAUGCUAAUAUAUCUCAAGGUUAGGUGAAUGAUAAUCAGUGUGGGAUUUUCGAAAAACAUCCUGACAAGGGGGGCCAAGUUUUUAGUGAAGGGAAGGAGGAAAUAGAGAGUUGGUUGCAUGAGUUGAGCAAGUAUGAGACGUGUCCAAUUGAGGAGAGUGAGAUUCCUCAUUUUUUGCAAUUACUUCAGGUCAUGGGGUUGUCAUUGGUUAAAAUUGAGGGCUCGUUUGGGCCCUCUAGGAUAAGUAAAAGGUCCAAGUGCGAGAGUAGUAAAAAGGGGGUAAGGGAAUUAAGGAAUUUAGCAAGUUCAGUUAAUUAUGAGAGGAGACGAGAGGCGGUUAGGGAAGGAAAUGUUUCCCUAUGAAGAUUAUUAGUUGGAAUGUGAGGGGGUUGGGUUUUCGAAAAAAGAGGAGUGUGAUCAAGGAUAUACUUAGGAGUCAGCAACCGGACAUAGUUGUUUUGCAGGAAUCUAAAGUAGAGGUGUGUGAGAGGAGGUUUAUGCAAAGUCUUUGGGGUACUAGACAUAGGAGGUGGGCGUGUUUGCCUGCAAAUGGUAGAUCAGGGGGAGUUGUGAUUGUGUGGGAUGAAAGAGUGGUUUCUGAGUGUGAAACAAUAGUGGGGGAGUUUUUGCUAUCAGUUAGGUUUAGAAACUUAGACAAUUCGGAGUGGUGGUUGAUAGGGGUUUAUGAUCCUAACAGGCCUUCUAGGAGAAAGGAUUUUUAGGAGGAGCUAUCUGGAUUAUUUGGGUUGUGUUCACCAAAUUGGUGUUUAGGAGGGGAUUUUAAUGUGGUUAGGUCCAUUUCAGAAAAACUUAAUGGGAUUAGAGUCACUAGGGGGAUGAGAGAUUUUGAUUUGUUUAUCCGAGAGUGUGAACUGGUGGAUCUUCCUUUGUGUAAUACCAGAUUUACUUGGUCAAAUCUUCAAUAGAAUUUGGUGUGUUGCAGAUUAGAUAGAUUUUUAUACUCUUUGGGGUGGGACGGGGUUUUUCCCAAUUUAAGACAAGAAUCACUACCUAGAGUAAUUUCAGAUCACUGUCCUAUUGUGCUUGAAAGUUGUCCAUUAAAAUGGGGUCCGGUGCCUUUUAAAUUUGAGAACAUGUGGCUAGAGCAUGCAUGUUUUAAGCAAAAUUUUGAGGAAUGGUGGACCAAUACUAGUUGUCAUGGAUGGGAAGGUUUUAAAUUUAUGAGAAAGUUGAAGAUGGUCAUGGAGAAGGUGAAGUGCUGGAAUAGGGAGGUGUUUGGAAUUUUGGAUUCUUCAAAAAAGGAGGUAAUGAGCAGAAU